AUGCAGAAACUGGAGAAGUUGGAAGAAAAAGUGACCAGUGAACUGCAGGUCUGGCGGAGGAGGAGGAAGGAGGAGAAGGAGAAGGAGGAAGGCUUGCCACCGAUCAAUCGUGUGUGCAGUGGUCCAAAGGCGGAGAAAUUGGGACCACUGAGCAUUUUGAUUUUGUCGGCGCCCGUCAGAGCAUUCCAUGGAAUUGUCUGGGACUUCCAGUCAGGUGGGAAACCGAGCACUGGCUAUGAUGGCUACGUGCAAGCCCUGAGUUUCAUGGGGAUGGACAUUGGCCAAAUGAUCCCAGCGUAUUUAGGUGGCCACAGCGCUCCGGGUUCUGCGAAGAAACCCCGCACCAAAAACAGAAAAGCGUCGACGGUCUGCCUGGCCCAGCCGGAACCCCCGGCGCCCGCGGCACCUGCGGCACCUGCGGCACCUGCGGCACCCGGAGCGCCUGCCUUUGAGCCUGUGGUCCUAGCCCCAGAACGGGCGUUCCCACUGACCAAACGCAUUUCUUCCAACAGUGACCUUGUUGAUGCUCCAAGAAAGGUACUGUCGAACCCAGAGGAGUCCAGCAGCAUGGUGAACAUGGUCAGUGCUAGGUCCGGACGCUUCUGUCCAUCCUCGGAAAAGUUGAAUCAAGCCAUCUAUUCAGGAAAUUUGACGGAAGUCUUCCGCGUCCAAGAGAGGCCCGGAGAAAGAUUCAGGGGCUUGAUGGAAGCCUUAUCGCCACGGAAUGAGCGAAACGAUGAGGCUGAGAAGGAGUUCCCACCUGUGCUCGAAGCUCUUGACGUUGAAACGGAGUCGCUGAGCCAAGAACGGCGCGAAAGCCGCUGGCUGUGGCUGAGUCCGCUGCAUGAAUUUCUGGCGAGAUAUGCAUCGAAAGCUUUGGGUUUGAUGCCUCUCUUCGAUGUCCAGAUGGAAGCAGAGGACACUAGCCGGAGUCGACUCCGGCUCCGGGCUCGGCGAAUGGUGUCCCGUCUCUACCAUUGGUUUGUGCUCUUCAGCUUGAUUUUGGCAGCAGCCUGGCUUGGCAGUCGCUACAGCAGCGAUGUGAACGAUGAGGACUUUGACUGUGGGGGGUUGCCUCCCUUGACCACUGACCUGGCAAUCGUGAUCAGCGCAUGCAUGGUCUUGAGCAGCUGGGGUGGCUUUUGGUCUUACCAGGAAACAACUCAGCGGGUGGCCUCUGGUUCCCGAGAUCUGGCUGACUGUUGCGAAAUGAUCCAUUUGGAUCACGCUUGGAGAAUAUGGAGCUGCACGGAUGCUCUCAUGGCCAGCCUAUUAUUCUUGGGGCUGCUGGGAGGUCGGGUGGCGGUGACUCUGAUGACCCUGGAGGAACACCGGGAGGGUGGAUGGGGACCCGUUCUCCUGUCCAUGCUGCCUUUCGCCGUGAGUGCUGGCAUCUUGGCGAUUGCCAGCUUCUGGCAGGUGAGGACCUCCCACGCCAUGACUUUGAUCAUCAACGAAUGGAGUGGGACGUUGGUGCGUGGGCAAAGCAGCGCCUGGCAACUGAAGGGGGCAUGGCGGCUGAUCAGCGGACUCUUCCGGAAGACCUCCAGGACCUUCCAAUACUGCUAUGCAGCUCUCUGUGCAACCAUCGUGCUUGUAGCCUUCACAGCCAUCAACGACGCCCGGAGGGAUCUGCUGGUGCCGAGUCUGCCGAACCUCGCGGUGGCCUUGUUGUUGCCAGGAGUUUUGGUGAUCUUGGCCUCCACCACCACGGCAUGUCGACGUCUGCCGUCUCUGGUCUCGCUGGUGGAACCAACCGAUGCCAAGCAGGAAACGGAGUUCAUGGAACUGACGCUGUUUCUGUCCUUCAGUGAAUGCGGUUUCUUCCUCUGGGACACCAGUGUCACCGUGGGACUGGUUCAGAAACUCCUCUACUUCACAUUGGCCGUGGCAGGAACCAUGGGAUUCCAAUCUGGAGUACCUCCCUCCCUGCUCCACCUUUGGUUGUUUUGCUGAGCGAGCGUGUCAAGCUUCAUCGGCCUCCCUGCAAGGGUGCUGGCCGUUGGGUCCUGUGGGUGUGAACAGACGGACUGAGUAAAUACUCAGUCAGAAUAUGUUCACAAGUUGACAAUGCUCCUUCUGUGCGAAGUGUUCCACUUGCGAUAAGUAUGAUUCGGA